CAAAACAAACCCUAGCCCCCGCCGCCUCUCCCCUCCGCUCGCCGGAGCUCGCCCCCUCCUCCUCCUCCUGCAGCCGCCACCUCUCUCUCUCGACCUUGACCUCGUCAGCUCCCGAUGGCCAAGGCGGUGAGGGCAAUGGGCCUGCUGCGGCGGUCACUCGGGCUCGCACCCCUGUCCACGCAGAGAUCCCUCCUGAGCACCAGCCCCGCCGCGGCGGCGGAGGGGGGAGCGGCGGUGGCGGAGACGGCGAAGGAAUCGAAGAGGAGGAAGAAGAAGAACCUGUUCGACGUGGUGCAGUUCCUGCCGUCGUGGGGCGUCGGCUACAAGGUCGCCAAGACCACCUGGCGCGACGUCUCCUACCAGAUCACCAAGAUCAACCUCUACAAGGAUGGUCGUCAUGGGAAGGCCUGGGGGAUACGCUACAAGGCCGGUGUUCAAGCUGCCGAAGCACCAACAAAAAUCAGUGGGGUAAACAAGCGUGGGUGGAAGUACAUAAAAGAAUCACAGAAGAAGUUACAAGAUACCCCCAAAGUAGAAACACCAGUCACUGCUUAGCUGAACCUGGUAAUGUCCUGUUUGUCUCCCUGAAGAAAGUGUUUAGAUUGGCUGUUGCUAGAUGAACAGAGAGCCACUAUGGAGUGAAUGGGUUCCCCUUCGUUGAUCGAAGAUGAUUAAACAUGCUGAAGUGUUUGAUAUCCAUAUUUUUAACUUCCAUAAUGCACUUGAUACAGAUACACUUGGCUCUAUGUGUAAACUAGUGACAAUGGCCUCUACUUUGUACUCUAAUUCAUCUUUGUUUCUGUCA